GAGGAAAGAAAGAGAGAGAGAGAGAGAGAGAGAACCAAAACAAGUACUGAAAAAGGAGAGAAAAGUGGAGAGAGUUUUGUAUUGAAGGCCACACACCAAUUAACAGUCUCCCCUUCUCAGGUGGAACACACUCUCUCUCUCUCUCUCUAAAUCUGUGCAAUUACAUAUAUCCAUCCAAACACAUCUCCAUCUCUCUCUCUCCCCUCUUUUUCUGUAUUAUUAUUAUUAUCAUUUUCAAACCUAACUGCAACAAUACAAACCAAUCCAAAUCCACAAAUCCAAUCCCAACUACUGAGAAAACCAAGAUCGGAUUGAUUGAAGAUUGAAGGUCGAAGGAUUGAUCAUUGAUCAUGUCGUGUUCGUCGUCGAGUGGGUCGGAGGAGGAAGAUGAGGGGAUCGAUUCGUACAGGAAAGGCGGCUACCACGCGGUCAGGGUCGGCGAUUCGUUCUCCGGCGGCCGCUACAUCGCCCAGAGGAAGCUCGGUUGGGGCCAGUUCUCCACCGUCUGGCUCGCUUACGACAUCCAAUUCUCCAGAUAUGUUGCUCUUAAAAUCCAGAAAAGUGCACCACAAUUUGCUCAAGCUGCUCUCCAUGAAAUCGAAGUUCUUUCUGCUAUUGCUGAUGGUAACCCCUCAAAUAAUAAGUGUGUUGUACAAUUAGUAGAUCACUUCAAGCACACGGGCCCAAAUGGACAGCAUUUGUGCAUGGUCCUUGAGUUUCUUGGUGAUAGCCUACUCCGGUUGAUCAAAUACAGUCAUUAUAAAGGUCUUGAGCUAAAUAAAGUGAGGGAGAUAUGCAAAUGCAUUUUGAAUGCAUUGGAUUAUCUGCAUCGAGAACUUGGUAUAAUACACACAGAUCUAAAACCUGAAAAUAUUCUUCUUAUUUCUACUAUUGAUCCUAACAAGGACCCAAUUAGGUCUGGUCUCACCCCAAUUCUUGAAAGGCCUGAGGGGAAUCCAAAUGGUGGAGCUACCAUGAACAUUGUUGAAAAGCAGUUAAAGAGGAGGGCAAGGAAAGCAGUGGCUAGGAUAGGAAGACGAGCUUCAAUGGGAGGGGUGGGAGGGAGUACAAAAGUGGAAAGAUGCCUGGAUGGGAUUGAUAUGAGGUGCAAGGUUGUGGAUUUUGGAAAUGCAUGCUGGGCCGAUAAGCAGUUUGCAGAGGAAAUUCAGACAAGACAGUACAGAGCCCCUGAAGUUAUACUUUGCUCUGGGUACUCCUCCUCUGUUGAUAUGUGGUCAUUUGCUUGCACCGCCUUUGAGCUUGCUACAGGAGAAAUGAUGUUUACCCCCAAGAGUGGACAAGGAUUUAGUGAUGAUGAGGAUCAUCUGGCUCUAAUAAUGGAACUCCUUGGAAAGAUGCCACGGAAGAUAGCCGUAGGGGGGGCUCGAUCCAAAGAUUACUUCGACAGACACGGGGAUCUGAAGAGGAUCCGGAGACUGAAAUACUGGCCACUUGAUCGAUUGCUAGUCGAUAAAUUCAAAUUUUCUGACAACGAUGCUCGUGAGUUUUCAGAGUUUCUUUGUCCCCUUCUUGAUUUCGCUCCAGAGAAUAGACCAACUGCGCAGCAGUGUCUGCAACAUCCAUGGCUUAAUAUCAGGAAUUCAACCAAGAAUGAAGUGAAAAGCGAAUCUAGCCUUCAAAAAGUGGAUGUUGGGAUGAGCAACCUUAAGAUUAAGGUGGGCAAGUGAAGAAGUGAUUUGAAGGUUUUGUUACUGCAAUACCACUUUUACGCCCCUCCCUCCACCUGUAUGUGUAUUGAUUGUGAUUUGUUUUUACUUUUUUGUUUUUGUUUUAACGAAUUUUUAAUAAGAUUUGAUUUUUUGAUUUAACAAAGAUGUACGAUAGCUAAUGAUUAUUGCGAGGAAAUGACAUCAAUGAGAGAAAUUUGACCUAACAUGUUGGAAACU